AUGUCGGGCCAAGGCAGAGGAGACCGGACUGUGAAGGUUACGAUCAUCAACACCAAGUACGUGGAGACAGACGCCGUGAGCUUCAAAGACGUGGUGCAGAAAAUGACCGGAAAAGACUCGAGAGUUGCGUAUGAAGUGCAGGAGCCACCGCCGGCGGUGGUUACGAGUAACAAGAGUACGGCCCAGUCUGGUAACGUCAAAGAUCAAGGACUGACCAAUGGGAUUAGAUCUUCGAUGACGAAUGGUAACUCAAAACCUUCUGGAGUAAUACCUCGCAGUAAUUCAUCAGUUAUGAUGAGGAACAUCUCGUUCAAGGAGUUUGACAGGUUGUUUAGGGAGAUGCCUCCAGUGGAGGAGUUUUGGACGUCUGAGUUGUAUUAA